AUGCGCAGCAGCACCGCAGCCAGUGGCUACAAGAACACCGAACCAAUCAUUGGCAUCCUUACACAGCCCUGUACCGAGUGCCCCGGCCGAUCGUACAUUGGAGCCAGCUAUGUGAAGUGGGUGGAGGCAGCUGGCGGCCGUGUCGCCCCCAUCAGGUUCUACGCGUCUGACGCGGAGCUGCACCGCCUGUUCAAGAGCGUCAACGGCCUCGUAUUCGCGGGCGGCCUGACAUGGCUGUGGCUGGACUCACCCUACGUGAUUGCGGCCCGCAAGCUGUUCAACUGGGCUGUGCAGGCCAAUGAGGCGGGCAACCCCUUCCCGAUCCACGGCACCUGCCUGGGCCACCAGCUGCUGCACAUCCUGGCGGCCAACGUGAGCCGCAACGACCUGCUGGUGGAGACGGACGCGGUGACGCAGCCCAGCACACUCAUCUUCACAGCGGCGGCCAACACCAGCCGCACCCUCAAGGACCUGCCGUCUGACCUGGUGGCCAAGCUGCAGGACGACAAGCUGAACAUCGCGAUGCAGAACCACGAGUACGGCAUCCCCCCGCACCACUACCAGCGCUGGCCGCUCCUGGGGGAGUGGUUCAACGUGCUCACCACCUCCAAGGAUCGCAAGGGGCUCGAGUACAUCUCAACGGUGGAGGCCAAGAAGUACCCCUUCACGGGCACCCAAUGGCACCCGGAGAAGCCAACAAGCGAGUUUGGGAUGAUCGAGGUCCCCCACACCCUGGAUGCCGUGCGUGUGGGGCAGCACUUUGCCAACCGCUUCGUUGACACAGCCAGGUACAGCAGCCACAAGCCCUCCAGCCCGGAGCAGGAGCUGGCAGUCCUCAUCUACUCCACGCCCCCCGUGUUCAGCGCACGCUUCGAGACAAUGGCUGAGGACAACUACGACGGCCCCUACGUGACCUACUACUUUGACCAGAAGACCAAGCCCCCGGUGGGGCCCGAGGACGACGAGCACGAGGGCGGCGGCGGCACCCCGGACCUGGCGUCUCGUGCGACCGCCAGCAGGAGCCGCAUGGCCGCGAGCCGCAGGGCCGCUGCCGCCCACCAGACCGUGCUGGCCUGA